CCGCGCCUGCGCAGUCCGCGCCUCCGCGAGGAGCAGGCAUGGCAGAGUCCCAGUUGCAGCUCGUGGCCCGGCGGGUCCGGAGCUUCCCCGACUUCCCCAAGCCCGGCAUCCUAUUCCGGGACAUCAGCCCUUUGCUAAAGGACCCGGAUGCCUUCAAGGCUUCCAUUGAACUUCUGGCUGAUCACCUGAAAGAAAACCACAAGACAAAGAUUGAUUAUAUUGCAGGUUUGGAUGCUCGGGGUUUCCUGUUCGGUCCCCCUCUGGCCCAGAAGCUUGGAAUUGGGUUUGUGCCCAUUCGAAAGCGGGGGAAGCUUCCAGGGCCCACGGUAUCCACCAGUUACUCUCUGGAGUACGGCCAAGCAGAAUUAGAGAUCCAGGAAGACGCCAUUGAGCCUGGCCAGAAGGUAGUGAUUGUGGAUGACUUGCUGGCCACCGGAGGUACCAUGGGGGCGGCCUGCAAGCUGCUGCAGAGUCUCAAGGCUGACGUGCUGGAGGGCCUGACCCUGCUGGAGCUGACAUCCCUCAAGGGCAGAGAGAAGGUGGCGCCCAUGCCCUUCUUCUCCCUGCUGCAGUACAAGUGAGGCCGGGCUGCCAGCCCCGGCCCCACUGGCAAGAAUUCGGACAGGUUUUUUACCUCCAUUGGGAGAGCCAGGCUUGGACCAGCACAGCCAAGUCCCUCUCACUGGACAGCUAUGCAAUGGCACCAUAAGCCAGCCAGCCUCCUGGAGAGGCACUUCCUCCCAGCAUCCUCCACGGGGGCUCUCACCCCUUUCUCCCCAAGAACGCAGCAUGCUCCCUGGUGCACCUUCCCACAACCACAGGCCAUCCUAGAUCCUUAAAUCGGAGGGAUGAAAAGUUGAUUUUGUGGUUUAGAAUUCAACUUAAGUGUUUCCCAGGCCAAUCAAUUCCCAUUUACUUGAGAGGUUGUAGACCUGCAUUGCCAGUGGCCUUAACCUCUCUGCCCCAGUCAGACUCCAAUUCUAGAGGGCCAAAGCCCUCCCAGAGUUCUGAGGAGGACCAUGUUUGUGACCAUAAAAGCCAUAGAAGCUUUGCCUGCACCAUCCAUGGCCCUGGCCCCAAGGCCCUCUGCAGGUGAAAGUGACCACUGCAGGUUCAACUCCUGGCCCCUCUUUUUAUGUUUUUCACUUUUUCCCAACCUAAGUUUCCCUAAGGCCCCUGGAAGGGCCGCUGCACAAGGAGGGUCAGCCAAGUAGCCUGGCCAUGCAGAUGUGCCCCGAGGGGAGCCCUGCCAUCUAUGCCCUUCAGAUUCCCGUCUGGUGCUGUCUGUAUUUGAAGAUUAAAACAGUUAUAAUAAA